AUGGGUGACGGACCGGUGACAAUCGCUGAUCAAGAUCACUUGAGAACGUGGCUGAACAAGGAACUAUCGCCUUUAUGCGAGGCCGAGCUUUCCACCUUGGUCAGCUACAUCUUCGCCUUGCUGAAGAAACCGAAUAAGACUGCCGCACAGCUCAAGGAAUUCUGUGCUGGCCAACUGGAAGUAUUCUUGCACAAUCACACACGCCCCUUCGUUGACAAGCUCUUCACGGUGCUUGACAAUGACUCGUACAUCCCGAAAUCGAAGCCGGCACCUCCGGCCAAACCCGCUGCGGCCCACAAGCCCACCGAGGCUCCUGCCAAGGCGGCCCCGGCUCCAAAAGCUGGCACCUCUUCCUCGUCGGCCGCCUCAACUUCACACUCCGAUCGCCCGCGGCGCGGCAAGGAAAACAAGCGCUCGGAGCCAGAGGAACUCACUCGCCGCGCAGGGUUGUUAUGUUGCCAUCUUCUCCUUCCCCCGAACGUGUCGUGCCCGCAGCGCCUGCUAAAGUGGAAGCGGAAAGGCCGAAAGCCCAAACCAACGACUUCCGCCGAACCGGCCGCAUCCGAAUCAGCGGGACGAAGCCUGCGGAAACGUAUAAGCGCCCCAUCACCGGAUGAGUCGCGCACCCGCAACCGUUCUCCACCAGCCGGCCAGCGUCGUGAUGACCGUCGCACGACGCGUCGUCGCUCGCCCGAAAAGUCGCGAAAACGUUCUCGUUCCCGGUCGCGCUCGCGUAGCAACGAGCGCAUGCGAGAGGAGCGGAAUCGUCGCAAGCGUUGCCGUGAUUAUGACCAAAACGGCUUCUGUAUGCGCGGCAACAGCUGCCCGUAUGACCAUGGCCCGGAUCCGGUGGUCGUCGAUUCGGUGGACGGCUUGAAGCAUCUUGGAGACAAGGGACUGAAGAUUCCGGUCACCGGCCCGCCACCGAACUUCUCCGUGCCGCCGCCUGGAUUUUUGCCGCUCGGACAACAGCCGCCACCUCCUGGAAUCGUGGAGGGCUACAAUCCCGACCAUCCACAGAUCAACAUCGACUUUUCGCACCCACCGCCCCCGAUUGCCAUGCCGGGCGCGGGACAGUGGCGCCAGCAGCCGCAGGUCACCUACAUUCCCACCAGCAUCGCACAGCUGGAGCAACAACAGCAGCAGGCGCAGAACUCAAUGGGCGACAACCAAAGCUUCGGCGGUCCGAUGCGGCGCGGCCGCGGCUUCUUUGGCGGUCGUGGAGGUCUCCGCGGACGCGGCCGUGGUGGUGCCGGCGGACGAUUCCAAGAGCCCGUCUCCACACAGGGCCGCUGCCUCGAAGUGCGCAACAUCCCGAUCGAGCUCAACACGAUCGACAAGCUGAACGCGCACUUUGCCCAAUUUGGAAAAAUUGCCAAUCUGCAGGUGCAAUACCAAGGAGAAUCGCAGGCUGCCCUCGUCACCUUCUUCACCAAGUUCGAGGCCAACAACGCCUACAAGUCGCCGGAUCCCAUCUUCAACAAUCGCUUCAUCAAGGUCUUCUGGCACAACGACGCCCCGCCCGCAGCUGCCGAUUCCGGUUCCGCCGAGGAGAACAAGCCUGGCGCUGGAUCUGCUUCUUCAGCGAAAAUCGAAGCCUCCGCUGCAACGCGGUCAUCAGUCCAAGCUCCCAAGAAGCCACCGGUGGCAACCCGUGCCCAGGCCGUGUUCCGCAACGCCGAUUUCGACGAGCUGAUGCGAAAGAAGGCUGCCGAGAAGCAAGAGCGAACCCAGAUGAAGACUCAACUCGCCAAGCUGCAGGCCCUCCAGAAGAGCCAGACCGAGGGCAUUGACCGGUAUCUGAAGAGCCAGAAGGCGGCCAUGGAGCUGGCAAAGAAGCAGACCAAGCCCGACGCCAAGAAGAAGGCGCUGAAGCUGUGCUCCGACCUCAAGAACAAGAUCGACAUCCUGCGGAAAGAGCGCAACGACAACAUUGCUGAGAUUGCCUCGUUGAAGGACAAGCUCGCCCCGCAGUCGGCGCCUCUAAAGGAAGAGAAUGGUGCUGGAGAUGACGGCAAGCUGAAGGAGGAGGAAUUGGACUACAGCGACGAGCCGAUUGCCGGCACUGCC